AGAACACCCGGAAAUAAGGUGUUGUUUAGAAAUCUCAGAUGGCGCGUUUCUUCAAAAACGUCAACAGACUUUGAUAUAUCAAGAUUAAUCUUCUAAAACCGUUGACAAUUGCGUGAGUGUGACAGCGUUACUGGUUAUAUAAAGUUAACGCUGGCAGAUCAGAUUUAUCUAAACGUUAGACGGCUGAAGUGGGCUGACAGCUAGAAUGGCUAGCUAUGUUAACUUUAGCUAAUCUUGAUUUCACUCUUCAUCUACCUAGUUUUCCUCCUUUGAUUGUUGUUGAUUUUGUUUAUUUCAGAUAGAAAAUGCCCUUGUCUACUCAGUCUCAGACGGGAGAUGACAACUACGUCCUUGUAGCUAGUCUGGACAAUGUCAGGAAUCUGUCCAACAUCUUGAAAGCCAUCACCUUCAAAGAUCAUGCAAUCUUCAAUGCCACACCAAACGGGUUGAAAGUCACUGUGGAGGACUCUAAAUGUCUGCAAGCCAAUGCCUUCAUUCAGGUUAGUGCAGGGAUAUCAAUACACACAUUCUGAGUCAUUAACCUUUAGAUGGGUUGUGUUCUCAUGUCUCGUUAAUGUUGUCAUUCUUUUCCAGGCUGAGAUCUUCCAGGAGUUUACCAUCAGAGAGGACUCAGUGGGGUUUCAGGUCAACCUGACCGUUCUUCUGGACUGUCUCACCAUCUUCGGGGGAAGCACAGUACCAGGUAAUGAAGAAGACUGUCCACUUGAUAUCCUUUCAGAUUUCUCCUGGGUGAUUAAAAACCAAUGUGAUGAAGACUUUUCAGGCCAAAACGCCAUUAUUUUAACCUUAAUAAAAUCAUCAGCUUUUUAUUGUAGGAGAAAGUCACACACACACGCACACACCUUUCUUUCUAAAAUGUCAGACUAAAAAACUAUCAAAGCUACUGGGAGUAACUGACAUGUCUUGUGUCUACAGGAGUGGCCACUGCCUUGCGGAUGUGCUACAACGGCUAUGGCUACCCCCUGACCCUGUUCCUAGAGGAGUGUGGUGUGGUGACGGUGUGUAAGAUCAACACCCAGGAGCCAGACGAGCCUAUAGACUUUGAGUUCUGCAGCACCAAUGUGACUAAUAAAGUCAUCCUGCAGUCAGAGAGUCUGAAGGAGGCCUUCUCUGAGCUGGACAUGACCAGCGAGGUCCUGCAGAUCACCAUGUCUCCCAGUCAGCCAUACUUUAGGUGCAAUACUUGUUUUGUUUUCUACUAAACAAAUUGUGUGUGUUUUUGAAUGAGAAAAUCUCAAAAUGGCAUUGUAUUGUAGCGAAUUCAGGACUCUUAACUGUAGUCUCUGUCUGCAGCAGUCCGUCCAAGACCUUUUGGCCAUUACACCAAAAGGCUGGAUACUCUUGACAAGUUCGCUGGGUGGUUACUAAGGUCAUUACGGCCACAGUAUGAUGGUUACAGAGUAUCAUCGUGCCACAGUAUGAUGGUUACAGAGUAUCAUCGUGCCAUUGUUAACCUUUCUUCUUUUUAUCUUACCCACUAAGCUACCUGUGGUGGCAGGUAGCUUAGUGGGUAAGAGCGUUGUGCCAGUAACCGAAGGGUCGAUGGUUCUAAUCCCGAGCCGACUAGGUGAAAAAUCUGUCGAUGUGCCCUUGAGCAAGGAACUUAACCAAAUUGCUCCGUAAGUCGCUCUGGAUAAGAGCGUCUGCCCUAAAUGACAAAAAAUAAAAUAAAAAAUAAAUAAAUUAUUGUUUUCAUAUUUAGGUUGUCUACCUUUGGGAAUUCUGGGAAUGCCCAUUAUGAUUACCCAAAGGAUUCUGACAUGAUGGAGCUGUUUCAGUGCACAAAGACUCAGAGUAACAGGUACAUUCAUCUUCUAUAUACUGAAUGACCAUCAUGGAUUUGGAUAUGCAGGAAGUGUGCUACUACAGAUUCCUGCAUUUCCUAGAAAUCAAGAAAUGAACAUGGAAUGCAUUUACUAAAUUAUUUAUAUUUUUGCUUGUCGGCCACGCUUUGAGGGUACGGCUUUCACUGGGAUAAUUAUGGUUGUGAAGUACAUGCUAACUGGAUUGUCACUUUGCUUAUGUCCUCUGUCAGGUACAAGAUGUCUCUACUGAAGCCGUCCACCAAGGCCCUGGCUCUAUCCUGUAAGGUCUCGGUGAGGACAGACGGCCGAGGGUUCCUGUCUUUGCAGUACUUGGUCAGGAAUGAUGACGGACAGAUCUGCUUCGUAGAAUACUACUGCUGUCCGGAUGAGGAAGUGGAAGAGGAGUAGUGAGAAUAGGAUUAUUUUUGUACAAGAAUACGAGGCUCAAAUCUUUUAGGUGUUAUUCUAAAGAAAUACUUGCAUUUUUCACUUGGCCCUGUUAUUUGGACUGUAUUUCUUGACUGUGUUAUUUGUAAGUAGUGUUGACUCUGGUACAUGUUCAUUUUAAAGUGAAAAUAAUUAAUUGCUAAUAGUUUCUCUCAAUUUGUUUUCUGGUUUGUUUUCAAUGAAUUAAUGCUGCUCUCCCGUUGUUUGGAAGUUUACAAGGAACUUGGAACAAUAUUUCUAUAAUCAAAAUAUUCCUUCACUUUUGAUAUUUUUUUUAACAUCUUAGUUUUGACAAUAAAUGUAAAUGCGCUACCA